UAUAGAUCCAGUUUCCAAGUCGGAUGCAACUCAAAACCCUUCAACAACAACAACAACUUAAUCGAAUCUUUCUCUUCAUUCUUCCGAUCAAACCCCUAAAAUUUCCCAAUUCAUCUUCCUCAAAUGCGAUUAAUCUCCAGGUUGAAGAUGAUGACACUUGUGAAACUGAAAUAGGGUUAGUAAGUGUUUGGUUAUGUUGAAUGGUGUUUGUAUGGAAACCCGAAAAAUAUCGGAAACCCUAAUUGAGGGGUUAGUGUCAUCUAAACAAAAUGAUGAUGUGGAUCAAUUUGGGGGAAAGUUUCCAGAAGUUUCACAGUGUUUAGAUUUAGGGAAAGUGAAAUGUGAAGAAUCUGCGUUUGCGCCGGUUAAAGAAAGUCGUUGCGUUGACUCGUGUAGUGUCAAGGGUAGUGAUCGGGUCGGUUCAAGUGGUCGUGGAGACGUUUCUAUAAAAGGUAUUUCGCUUUUUGUUGAAUUGACAGGUGGAAUGAGUAAGAAACCGAAUGGGGAAAGUUUUCGCGAUGAUAAAAGUCGUUUGAUGUACGGAAAUCAGGUUAAGGUUGAUGUUGGUCAACAGGAAUCCGAGGUCAAUGUGGGCGAUUUCGUGUGGGCCAUAAUCAAAAAACAAUCGUGGUGGCCUGGGAUCGUUUGUGAUGCCGCUAAUGCACCGAAAGAAGCUGCAAACGGGCCGACAAGAGAAGAUGAUAUUUUGGUCAAAUGUUUUGGUAACGAUAAUUUCAUUUGGUGCUCCCCUUACGAAGUGAGGCCGUUUAUCGGGUAUUUCGAUCGGUUACCUAAUCAAAGUAAAGCGAAAAAGUUUCUUGUUGCGUUGGAGAAAGCUGUAACCGAGUUUGGUCACCGUGUAAAAGCAGAGUUCACUUGUCGUUGUUUCUCUAAGAUGAAAACGGAGAAAACGGGUAAUGUUGGUGAUUUUUCAGUGACCCGGUUUGAACCCGCGAGGUUUCUUGAUUAUAUUAAAGAUCUUGGAAAAGAUGUUUCGAUGACUCACGAGAUUGAUAAUGUUGUCAAGCAGAGUUGCUUAUCCGCUUUUUAUCGGUCAUUAGGGCAUCUUCAAAUUCCCAUGCAUCAACUCAUGCCAGCAAACGGGACUCCGUUGAAGAUAAAGACCGAAGAGGAAAACGGGUAUUUCGGUGAUGAUACCGAAAAAACGAACGAAACAAGGGAAAAACGGAAGAGCAGGUUUUUGUCGUAUCCAGGUGAAUGUGGAAUUGAUGAUUCAAAUGUGGAUGAUUAUGAAGGAGUUGACUUGAAUAAAACUAGUGGUCAAGGUCAAAGUCAACCUGUGAAGAAGCCACGAAAGAAGUGGACUCGAAAGAAUAAAGAGGUACGAGCAAAUGUAUGUUCAACUGAGGUGCUUUCGCAGCUUCAAUUUUCAGCUCAAGAUUGUCUUUUUCCAUGUGAAAGUAAGAAUUUUGAUUCGGUUAAACGAUUUAUAUACGGAUUUAGGAAAAGCGCAUUCAAAGAUUCCUCGAGUGAAAUCCCGGUUGACGUGUCAAACUCAAAUCACCAAAUCUCGCAAGAAACUUUACCCAAGAAGGUGAAAAAGAAGAAGGACAAAUCCGUCAUUUCACCAACAAUAGGAAACAACUCGAACCAUGCUUCACAGUUUAUGAAUUUCCAGAAUGUCGGGUCGUUUAAUACUGAAUCGAUGGCAAACCAGAGAACAGAAUGGCCAGCGAAUCAAGUUCCGAUCUUCGGUUUUGGAUAUCCACCGCCGACGCAACCAACUCAACCGCCACUUCGUAAACUUGCGCCUAAACGACCAAAUAAAGUUGCGGAAAAUGUUACACCUAUGUACAACUGGAAUGCUGACAUCAGCACCCUCCCGAAUAUGAACAACAUGGAAGGAUUAUAUCAAGCUCCUGUUUUUUUCACAAAUAGAUUUGGGCCAAUCCCACCGUAUUAUACAGGAAACUAUGGUCAACCACAAGUCGUUCCUGUUCCAAACGGUUUGACCAGUGUUCCCAAGAAAAGAGGGAGAAAGAGGAAAAAAGUAGACUUGCAGGCUCACCUGGACCCAACCAUGGGCUUGCAGGCCCACCCCGGUUCUACCAUGGGCUUGCAGGCCCACCCCGGUUCAACCAUGGGCUUGCAGGCUCAUCCCAGUUCAAACAUGGGCUUGCAGGCCCACCCCGGUUCUACCAUGGGCUUGCAGGCCCACCCCGGUUCUACCAUGGGCUUGCAGUCCCACCCUGGUACAACCAUGGGCUUGCAGGCUCAUCCCGGUUCAACCAUGGGCUUGCAGGCUCAUCCCGGUUCAACCAUGGGCUUGCAGGCUCAUCCCGGUUCAACCAUGGGCUUGCAGGCUCAUCCCGGUUCAACCAUGGGCUUGCAGGCCCACCCUGGUACAACAAUGGGCUUUCAGGCCCACCCCGGUACAACCAUGGGCUUGCAGGCUCACCCCGGUACAACCAUGGGUUUGCAGGCUAACCCCAGUUCAACCAUGGGCUUGCAAACUCUCCCCGGUUCAACAAUGGGCUCGCAGGCUAACCCCGUUUCAACCAUGGGCUUGCAGGCUCACCCCGUUUCAACCAUGGGCUUGCAGGCUCACCCCGGUACAACCAUGGGCUUGCAGGCUAACCCCGGUUCAACCAUGGGCUUGCAGGCUAACCCCGUUUCAACCAUGGGCUUGCAGGCUCACCCCGGUACAACCAUGGGCUUGCAGGCUAACCCCGGUUCAAACAUGGGCUUGCAGGCUAACCCUGGUUCAAUCAUGCACUUGCCGGCUCACCCUGGUUCGCUUAUGGGCUUGCAGGCUCACCCUGGUUCAACCAUGGACUUGCAGGCUAACCCUGGUUCAACCGUAAUCCCGAAUUUGAACGGAAGCAUAACCGGGCAGAAAAAACAAAAAAGAGCUAAUAAAAAUAACGAAGUUGGGGUACCGUGUAUUGAUCUCAGUUAUAACAAAGUGCAGCAGGAUAAUUUAGAACUUAAAGGUACCGCUUUUCUGUUAAAGUUCUCAUCAGACUAUCCUUUACCAUCUAUUCAAGAUUUAAAUUCAGUCUUCUCAAAGUUCGGUGCAUUGAUUGAAUCCGAAACGCAAGUACUGAACGAAACUCUAAGUGGUCAAGUCGUGUUUCUUGAUUCUUCUAGUGCUGGAGGGGCAUUUUGGGGCUUACAAAAUGAUAAACCAUUUGGGCCGGUUCUUGUUAAUUACAAGAUUCAGCAUCUCGCGGGUUCUGAAUCUACUGUUCCGUUUAAAACCCCUAUCAAGAGUCCAUCCGGUCCCAAACCAAUGGAUUUGAACACAAAUUCUAUCGUUAGUCCAGCCAUGAUACCAGAUUUGAACACGAAUUCUACCGAAGUUCAAAUCAUCAAAAGAAGUAAAACGAUUGAAGAAAUUCGCCUUCCGUCUAAUCAUAAUCAUCUCGGUAACAAUAAAGUUCAUCAGGGUAAUGAAGUUACGGGUACAACCGGUACAGCUCUUCUUCUAACGUUCUCCCCGAAUUUUCCGUUACCAAGUAUACAAGAUUUAAAUUCGGUAUUUUGUAAAUACGGAGAGUUGAAGGAACGCGAGACUCGCGUAUUCGGUCAAAGCUUCACGGGUCAAGUUGUGUUUGUGAAACCAUCUACUGCUGCAGACGCGAUUCAUAGAUUGCACAAAGACCAACCUUUCGGGGUGGCUCUUAUAAGUUAUCAACUUCACCAUUUACACAACGUUCAACCUGCGAUUCGGGUUAAAAGCCCGGUAAAUGCGUUGAAACCGCCUCAAGAUCUUGGUGUUAUUAAGAAAAAUCUGGAAAGGAUGAAUUCGAUGUUGGAGAAAUCUGGGGAUAGUUUGUCACCAGAGAUGAGAAGGAAAUUGGAGAGUGAGAUUAAAGGGUUGAUGAACAAAGUGAGUGCUGUUGAUGGCUCUUCUUCUUCUUCCUCUUGUCUAUGAUUGGUGAUAGUUUUUGCUUUCUUUUUUUUAUGUAUUUUGGUUGGAGGGCUAAAGAAUAAAUAUGGUAAACUGUGGGGCCCCUUUUAUGAUCUUGUGUUUGGAUCUCUCUUUGUGAUUGUUUUGUGUUGCAUUGAGAGAGCUUGACUGCAUGAGUGUCUUGAUGAGAUUAUGUUUCAAAGGUUUUUUUUUUUUUCUUUU